GGUUUGUUGAGAAAUAUUGUGGCUUAUCGGUUAUUUAAAAUGGACAAGAAAUCUUUUGACAUCGUCUUAGACGAAAUAAGAAAGUGUGUUUUGACAGAUCAGCGCAUUAAAGCGAUCGAGCAGGUCCAUGGAUAUUUCUCCAGUGAACAGGUGAUCGACAUCCUGAAAUACUUCUCAUGGGCAGAACCUCAGAUAAAGGCAGUGAAAGCCUUCCAGCACAAAAUGGUGGCCAUUCCGACAACCAAGGUUGCAAACAUCCUGAACACUUUCACAUUCACAAAGGACAAAAUUGUUGUGCUGGAGCUGAUAGCUUUAAAUAUAUCGGAUGCCCAUAAUUAUCUUCCAGUGGAGGAGCAGUUCCGCACUCAUCUAAAAGAGAAGAAAUAUGCACGACGGAUCCUUGAGCAGGUGUGUAAGGUGGGAUGUAAGGCCCCAGUUGCAAUGGUUUCAUCCUGUGGGAUGAUACCUGGUAACCCUUAUCCUAAAGGUAAACCCAGCCAGGUCACCGGGACCUUUCCUGGAAUGCCUCCCAAAAAAGAGGGUGAGGAGGUUAGUAUGGAAGGAAAAGGGAUCGCUAACCGCAUCAUCGGACCCUGCAAACCUUCUCCAUCAUCCUACAAUCCACACCGGCCUAUACCCUACCCAAUUCCUCCCUGCAGACCUCAUGCAACCAUUGCACCAAGUGCUUACAACAAUGCAGGUCUGGUGUCAGUGAGAGGGGUCAUUACUGCAAAUGUGCCCCCUCCACCCUACACCUCCACUCCAAAGUCAGCAGCUUACGCUCGACCUGCCAGUCAGCAGAACCCUGCUUCAAGUGGCUCUGCCACCUCCACUACCUCGCCUGCCAAUUCAGCCCCUCCCACUCCGGUCACCUCCCAGCCUCAGCCCACCACUCCUGUUACCCCUGUUUUCCCUGGCAUGGUCCCUGCCCAAAGCCCUGCCACCCCUUCUCCUGCACCUACCCUCUCAUCCUCUGUCAUUAGAAGCUCUCCUGCGCCUGCAGGCUCUCCUCAGUUUGCCCCGAACCCCAGUGGUCACAGCACCCCCACUUCCACUGUCCUUUCUGGUCUACUUCCUAAUGACAGAAACACUCCCUCAAUUAUCAGAGCUCCAACUCCUUCUGGUACACCUGGUAUACCCCCUCCACCUUACGGUGCAUCUCGUUCAGGCACUCCCACUUCCAGGGGACCAGCAGAACAGUCUUCUCAAAAUAUAGUGUAUUCUUCCUCCAAGGGCUUCCCACCUUCUGCUGACCCCCAGUUAAAUUCCUUAAAUCCUAAAGCCUCUAGUAAUUUAGUCAUGCGGAGCUAUACACCCUCAGGGGCACCACACGGACAGUCCAGUCCGAUGCAGGGUCUGGGUACUUUACCUCCUGGCACCCCAGUAGCUCACUGUGCUCCCAGCCCAAAACCAAAUUCUGGCAGGUCUCAGGCUGGGACACCAAACCCAUCCAUUUAUAGCGAGCUGCCCUCAAGCUCUGUAGUCCAGCACAGCGGAGGCAGUGGCAGCAACAGCCCUGUCCCUUCCGCCUUUAAAGGCCCUUCAUCUAGGUCAGGCACCCCCUCACUUAGCUCACUGGUGAUGCCCAAUUCUUCUGCUCUGGCUCGCUCGCUGGGCUUGAACCACAGCGCUGCCUCCCCCUUGGGUUCUCUGGCUUCUCAGCAUGGUGGCAGCCCUGCCUCAGCAUUCCCAGGCAUCUCCUCCUUCUCCCCACUAUCCUCAGCCUCGCCUCUUCCCGGAGCGCCAUCCUCCAUGCAUGCUUCUGCUUCUGCCGCCUCAGCUCCGCCCACCACAGCAUAUUCAGGCCUAGAUCCCAUUCGGGGGCCCUCUCCUUCACCUUUCGGUCUCGGACUUACCACCAACCCCUCCAUGUUCCCAGGCUUAGCUUCAGGGCCUAGUCCUGCCUUUCCUGGGUAUGGUGGUUCAGGUCCUGCAACAGCAGGGAGUCCAGUGCUCUCCUCUUUCAUGGGACUUCCUGGCACCUCCUCCUCUGUGGCCACGGUGGCUCCUCUACAAGCGGCCGUGGUGGCAGCAGCUGCAGCAGCAGGCGUGCCCUCUACCUCACCCGUGCUUCCAGGCUUUGCAUCUGCGUUCAGCUCCAACUUUAACCCCGCUCUCAUGGGACAGCCAGGUGCUGGUCUCCAGGCCCCAGGUGGUGCUGCCUUCCCUGGAUUGAUGUCAUUUCCUGCAGGAAUACCUGGCUUCUCUUCAGGUGGUGGUGCUGCUCUGUCUGGUCUCCACAACCCCGCUGUUCAGUCUGCACUGCUGCAGGUUCAUUCUGCGUCACCUCUGGACAGCUUUCCUCCUCAGCCCAAUGGCUUUGGCAGCUACCCUGCAGGCACUCCGUUCCCACCCGCUGGUGCCGGAUCCCCCUUCGCCCUGCAGCCUGGUUUGCACCCUCAGCUAGGCUGGCAGUAAGCAUGUACUGAAAAUCAGUUAGGACCAAUCAAGUAAUACAAUAUUGUUGUUACAGACGACUUGUCCCUGGUUCCAUUUGUCAGACGGUACUUAAAUGGGCAGGAUUUUGGACAGGAUUUAUGCUUUCAGAGAUGGGCAGUGCCAAGACAGCUGUACUCUUAGGUUCUUUAUAUUAUUUAAAAGCAGCUGUGCAUGAGUUUACAAAUGGACGUUAAUUAAAAAGAAAGAGAAAACAUUAUUAACAUUAUAAUCAUGCUACUCCACUGGGUCCAGAGACACCAAUUUUGGGGAAAAGGAGGCAUGUGGAACUGUUUUGUUCUACCUUAUAUGGUGUGGGAUUUGGAAAACCUCUGUACUUUGUAUUCAGGUGAAUAUCAAAGCCAGCAACUCAAUUACGUUUUACCACAUCGCUCAAGCCAAGCGCUGAACUAAGCGGUAAAAUACUUCUCAUGUUUAUGCGCCCCAAUACUAUGAAACUUGUGGUUAUCAGAAGUUCUGGACGUCUGGACUACAUUACUAAAUUGCUCACUUCUGGAUCGUAGACAGCCUGUAUUAUUUUGCAUCAUCGUGUCAGGGCUUGCUUGGCAUAACUAGUUCCUCAGUUGCUCGGAACUACUAGAAAUACUGUGAACAUUAUUAACUCCAGCUAAUAACUGCUUUAUUAGCUCGGUUCAUCGUACAUGAACGUACAUGCUUUCCUGUUAAGUUUGAAGCUAAACCGAACAGAAUUCUGAAUGUAAAUUCUGUAUCUUGUUAUAUUAGAUUUUUAAGAAGUAGGAAUUCACCUUUAAUUAGCAUCAUGGGGACGUUUUUAGCAAUCAUGAUGUACAGCAAUCUGUAAACUGUAAGUAGGAUUUUUUUUUGUUACUGCUCUUGAUGUUCCUAAAUUCCCCAAGUGAGAAUUUUAACAAGCGAGUUACUGGUAAUGUCCUGUAUGUUUAAAUAUACUUUAGACCUGAUAAAUGUAUGAAUUGUGCACUAGGUUAGGAUUUUUAAUACUGUGUAUGGAAGAAACUGUAUAACAUUACAGUGGUCAAGGUGGACAUUUUAUCAUGACUUGAUGAAGUUGAUUAUGAAAUACUGUAAGGCAUUAUGGUAGGUGUAGGUUUGUUUAUUGUAAUAUGAAAUAAAUACCUUUUUUACAUCUGA